AGGUUUUAAAUAGGUGUGCAGGAUCCGUGCGUGGAUACGAGAGGAAAAGUUGGCGGUGACCGAUACCGCGGUGGCACCGGUGGGAUUAAAAUUCGGGUGAUAAGACUGUGGGGGCCCAUUGUGCGGCGGGUAGUAGCACAACCUGCCCGGCACUUACUGUCCGUUCGUUGUGGUGGUAGUUUCCUACCCGAGGGAUACAUACGGGCCGCGGUGUGAAACGUACCGAGAGGAGUGACGGUCCUGCUGAUAGAGCGGCGAGCACAAAGUACGUCUCAGUCGACGCUGAGCCAGCAGUGCGCUCAGCAGGUCCGCUCGAGGCGGUAGAGAAUCCUGAGAGAGUCGCCCACGAUCUCGUCCACUCGUUCUCCCUAUUCUCUAGUUCGGUACCCGCGGUAAAAGGGCGGUCAUGAGGUCCUACGGUGGCUACCGGGCACUCGUCGUGCUCGCGACAGUGUUCGCCCAUAUGACCGGCACGUUCGCCGUACGCGACAAAAACAACCAGGCGUCCAACACCAGGAGCGGACGUCAAACAGCAUCGGCGGAUCAGUCAUCGUCGUCCUCCUUCUGGAGUCCCAGCCUCAAAACUGAUAUCUUCAGUCAGGACAACAGUGCAACUUUCUUCCCUACAGCCCAUGGCCUGGUGCAAACCCACCCGAGCAGCAGUAGUAUGUUCCGCAGCGGUUUCGGCGGGGUCGACAACCUUGGCACACGGGGAGCGACGAUGAGGCCGCCGAGGACGCGGCCCCUCAAUUAUAAUGAACGCGCUACCGCCGAAUUGCGCCGAAAUCCGUCGCUCUCAUCACCUGACGAGUGCGCUCGCGCUUGCCGUGAGGGCGAACCCCCCAGGAUAUGCUAUUAUCACUUCACGCUCGAAAUAUACACCGUACUCGGCGCAGCGUGUCAAGUGUGCACACCGAACGCUACCAACUCCGUGUGGAGCGAUUGUCAGUGCGUUUUAGCGGACGGAGUGGAGCGAGGUAUCCUGACCGCGAACAGGAUGAUCCCUGGACCGAGCAUUCAGGUGUGCCAGGGUGACAAAGUCGUUGUUGACGUGGAAAAUCGUAUAGGAGGAAGUGAAGUCACGAUUCACUGGCAUGGCGUAUGGCAAAGGGGAUCUCAGUAUUACGACGGUGUACCUUACGUGACGCAGUGUCCCAUUCAAGAGGGUAAUACAUUCAGGUAUCAAUGGACAGCCGGAAACGAGGGUACACAUUUCUGGCAUGCCCACACUGGCAUGCAAAAAAUAGAUGGUCUCUACGGAAGUAUAGUAAUACGACAGCCACCGAGCAAGGACGCCAAUAGCAAUCUUUACGAUUACGAUUUAACCACGCACGUAAUGCUCAUCAGUGACUGGUUCCAUGAAAUGGCUGCCGAACGUUUUCCUGGCCGUCUUGCAGUCAACGUCGGUCAAGCACCUGAAAGCGCGUUGAUCAAUGGGAAAGGUCAAUUCAGGGAUCCUAACACUGGUUUCAUGACAAACACGCCUCUCGAAGUGUUCACGAUAACUCAAGGCCGCCGUUAUCGAUUCCGAUUAAUUAAUUCCUACGGGUCAGUAUGCCCCUCACAAAUUUCAGUCGAGGGUCACUCUCUCACAAUUAUCGCUACCGACGGUGAAGCAGUGCACCCAGUACAAGUGAACACUAUAAUUUCAUUCUCAGGCGAACGUUACGAUUUCGUCAUAAACGCCGAUCAGCCUGUCGGCGCUUAUUGGAUUCAACUUCGUUCUCUCGGAGAAUGCGGAAUUCAACGAGCGCAGCAGUUGGCUAUUCUGCGAUAUGCUCGUGGUCCUUAUCAACCAAGUACUCAACCACCUUCAUACGACUUUGGUCUUCCUCAAGGCGUUGUCCUGAAUCCUCUGGAUGCCAUUUGCGGCCGACCGCGCGAGGAUGCGAUUUGCGUGAGCCAACUGAAGAAUGCCCGCGGCAUCGAUAAGGGCAUUCUGCAGCAACGCCCUGACGUGAAGAUCUUCCUGCCGUUCCGCUUCCUGUUCUACAGACCAGAAGAGCUCUUCCAGCCACAGACCUACAAUCCCUUCCUCGUUGCGCCGACCGGUGACCACGUAAUUUCUCUCGUGGACGAAAUCUCGUUCUCGUUCCCGCCGGCGCCUCCGCUCUCUCAGAUCGACGACAUCCCACCUGAACAAUUCUGUAAUGGUGAUAAUAGACCGGCUGAUUGCGGCGCUAACUGUAUGUGUACGCAUCAGGUUGACAUUCCGCAUAACGCGGUUGUCGAGGUGGUCCUCGUAGACGAAGUCCAACAGCCCAACCUGUCGCAUCCCUUCCACUUGCACGGAUACGCGUUCAACAUCAUCGGUAUCGGCCGUUCUCCCGAUAGGAACGUGAAGAAGAUCAAUUUGAAGCACGCCCUCGAUCUUGAUAAGCGAGGUCUCCUGCACAGACAGUUCGACCUGCCACCCGCUAAGGACACCAUCGCUGUUCCCAACAACGGUUACGUCAUCUUCCGCUUCCGCGCGAACAAUCCGGGAUACUGGCUGUUCCACUGUCACUUCCUGUUCCACAUACUCGUCGGCAUGAAUCUGAUUCUGCACGUCGGAACGCACGGGGAUCUGCCGCCAGUACCGCCGAACUUCCCGACCUGCGGUAACCACUUGCCGCCCAUCACGCCACCGCUGUCACUGUCGGAUCACGCGUCGUUCUUUUGAUGCGUGAGCGACAAACUCAAAAACUGAGAGAGGGAGACGCUCCAAAGUCCAUACGAUACUUGUAGCAUAUUCCUGUAAAGUAGAGAGCCUGUAAUAUUGAUUUCUUUUUUUUUUCAACUAUGCAACCUCGUCGGCCGUUCUCGAGAGCGUGCUCUCGGCUCGAGAACGGGCGAGGAAUCCGACGGAUGUCGAUCCGCUGCCCCGCGAGAGUGGCUAGGAGCGCGCGAGACGAUGAGGGAAGUCAGAUGUUGAGGAGACUCGCGAGGCAACGGGUUAACAAAAGGUUCGAUCGACGCCCCGCUGGGCAUCGCGAAACGACGAACGUUCUCAGAGGUAACAAUGACUUUAACGUUGAGAGGUAAUGUUGGCGGUUGAUAAUUUAUUAUGUUCCAGAUGCUUCACCCAUCACUGUCAUUUAUGCUAUGUCUAUUACGCGUCACCCUUGUUACUUUUGCUUGUCACGAAUUUAUCGCCGGUUACGAAUCGCGAUCCUAAAAUCGUGACCAUUUGUUUCAUUGUAAAACGUAUCGCGGGAAAUAUUUGGACAUGUCUUCUAGAAACGUUUAAAAAAUAUCUACUGGUUACAGGCCUUAUCCGUAAAUUAUUGCGCAAUACGCACGACGAAUCCGCGAAUGCCGAUGUGGCGAGUGAAGCAUCUCAGCGGGAAACGUACAAACGUUACUGGCUAACGUUUGUAACGCUCUGUAAAUAAUGUAGAAAUAGUCACUAUACUUAACGAGAUAUUAAUGUGGAAGUAACGGGGUACGUAGCGUAAGGGGGGCAUCGCCGAGAAGCCGUGAUGGCGGUCCAGGCGAAGGAUUAUCACUUGGAUAAGAUGCCCUUCCAAGGCUGGAUCUGUACGAUCACGGAAUCCGCGACUAUCAAAAUUAUUUAAGAACCCUACUAUAUCAACCUUGAAACAAUUACUUACAAAGAUAAAAGUUAUUCUUUCACGUAUGAAAUACAAUAUUUAUUUAAGCUAAUAACAAUUAACUCUAAAUAUUAAUUGUAAAUUGUUUGAUUUUAUUUUCGUUGAUCGAUCUAUCAUUUUAAUCAUCCUUGCGACUACGUUGUCAUACGCUUCACGUUGUUCGUAGCUCGGAGCCAGAAAUGAUAACAGGAUACAAUAACUUUGUGAAGUUGUAACAUGCGAUUAAUCGUGAUUACAUAUGGUGAUGAGUUUCCCUCGACAGAUCCAGGCUCCUAAAACAGUCUUUUAGUUAGGAAGUGAAUUCGCGCUUGUGCCGCCCGAAAUCGCGCGUUUCGUUGUUGUUCUGUCAGCUUAAAAUUAAAUGAAAGCAUUGGGGCAAGAUCGGCGCGAUUAUUGAAAUUUUACGUAAAGACCUCGAGCAUGUAACAAAUUGCAAUAUUAAUGAUUAGCGUUCUUCUCGCGGCUACAUCGAUACAUCAACAUGCUAUUUAUUCUUUCACCUCCCGUUCGCGUUAUCUUUCGACAUUGCAAAUUGAUCUGUCGCGAAGGCACAGAUGCAGGCUGACACGUUAUUAUUAAUAUAUCGCGCUACGCAUAUAUACGGCGCAACAAUAGCUGUACGUUUAUUCAUGGUGCCUCAAUUUUCUAUAGAAAAUACGUUUAUAUGCAACUCACAAUUAACGCUUACACCGUUCGGUCAUAUGCAGAUGCAGAAACUUUACUCUUAGAUAUCGCGAGAUAAUCGCACACGCGCGUGCGUCGUGCCUUAUACGUGUAGAAUAAAAUUUCCCUGGUACAUACCAUAUUUCGCUAAAUACAUUCGUUAGGACUCACCAAGAGACGAAACACUCAAUAGCGUAAUUGUGAAACGUACAUAACUCGUCGGCUCGAUGCAAAAGGGAUGUAGCGUGAAGCCGAAUUUUUCAGUUGGUACUUACCUAGGGACGGAAAGUUGAGUUUCCAAUUAUAAUAAAAAUAAAAUAAAAAUAGAAAAGUAGUAUUAACCAUUUAACAUAGAGAUAUUUUUUCACAAACCGUUAGUAGCUAAGAUAAUUAAAAGAAUCUCCCCGAGAAAAAAUAUCAACUGAAAAGUCACCCUUUCUUUCAAAGUCGUAAUCCUUUUGCAUUGAACUAACGAGUUUUGCAGAAUGUUCGUUGUUGUUGCUUUCUCGAGUCGGCCGUUCGCUUUCUCGCCUCGGCAAAGGAGAACGUUCCUGGGAUUAAGAAGCACGAUUUAGAGACCGUGCUGAAGCUAAUGCGAAUCCGCGAUGUGAGAGCGAUAGGAUUGUAUCUUCGAUACUUAUUAGUCGAGACGGUCGGCUUCGGAGACUGUGACAAUAUGUCCAUCUAUUUGAAUAAGACGCGGAUAAACCGGCUUUGUGGGAUAGCAAAUAUACGCUGUGUUUUUAAACUAUAAUCAUUUCUUGUUAAUAGGAAAUAGUUUCAAAGAGAUAUCAAGGAGAAACGUACCUGCCGUUUAAUUAAAUGUAUUACGAGUUGAUUCUGCGUUUUCUCGUAAACGAAUCUAAAAUUGCUCACUCCAUGGCGCCGCGAUGAGCAGAGUGAUUUCAUCGUUGGCGAUCAAUCAUGAUUCAUCAUUCAAUGAGGAAUGCAGGAUACUAAAUAGAGCUAAUUCAUCUUCAGUGCGGUGAUAAUCAUGAUAUUCGUAUUGUUACGUAUGGCCAAUCAAAUUAAUUGCUACAUCUGUACUUGGCACUUUUAAUGAUGAAUCUGAUAAUUAUUGUAAUUGAUUUGUAGGUAUUAUAAGAUUGCGAUAAUUGCCAAUUGUAUUAUUUGAAAAGGUCAUGUAUGCCUCGGUACCGAGGCUAUGUUUACUUCGCAUAUUUUUAGAGAGUCGCAAAGUACUAAUCAAACGUUCGAGGGCAGCUAAAUAACUAUAUACGUGAUAAUACUACUGUCUUACAAAUUAAAUGUUUAUUUCUCAGACCAUGCACUCCUUAGGCUGUGCAGUUUAAAUAUUUUUACAGCAAAGAAUUUUACAAAAGUUUCCGAUGCAAUUAGAAUAAUUCUUUAUUGAUUCCGCCGAAAAACUUUUUCUAUCGACACAGUUUUUGAAGGUAAGAAUCCGAAACGGACAUUUUGUCUUAAUCAUUCAAACAAAUUGUCGUCUAGUUAAUUUCAGAAUCUCCGAUCUUACUAAAAGUGUUACAGUGAAAAAAAAAUUACUUAUCAUUAUUGUGAUUAAUUUUUCGAGCAGGUACAUCGACCGUUGUAAAUAUUGUAAUACUGAACAACUUCCAGUAUUCACGUAACUAGUAAUAUCAGUUCUCUCCUUUGUCCCCGUGUAAUUAUUCAUGUAACUAAACCCGUAUAAAUAUUGUCAGUUACCAUCUGUAAGCAUAUGAGUUUUUGUGUUUUAUAUGGAGUAUUUAAACGAGCGUUACAUUUGUGUAGGCGCAUGCAAGUCAACUGCUGCGGACUAUUCAAUCAUAUUUUAUUCUAAAAAUGUAUUUUUAAUAAUAAAAAAAUCGUUUUUAAAAA